AGUCUGGGCUGAGGGCCCGGGAGAGCAGGGCCCGCGGGGCCGGGAGCAGCCGGAGCCGCAAACACCUCACGGGCAGGUGCCGCCCCGGGACAGUUUCUGUAAAGACUUACUGAACAGAGGAAGUUCUUUGCAGACUUUAACUGAGUUUGCAAUGCUUGCUACAAAUAUGGAUGAACAGGAGGCUCUAAAGUCCAUUAUGAAGGAUCUGGUUGCUUUGCAGAUGGGCCGAAGGAAUCGAACAAGUGGUUAUGAUAGCGUGAAAAGCAAAGCCAGCAUCCACAGCAAUAAACGGAAUGACAUUCGAAUAAAGUUUGAACAUAGUGGUGAAAGAAGAAUAAUACAGUUCAGCCGUCCAGUCAAAUAUGAAGAACUGCACCAGAAAGUCAAGACAGCGUUUGGGCAGCAAAUGGAUUUAAACUACACAAAUAAUGAGUUAUUAAUUCCUUUAAGAUCACAGGAUGACCUUGACAAAGCUGUUGACCUUCUUGAUCGAAGCUUUAACAUGAAGAGUCUGAAAAUUUUGCUUGUUGCUCAGGAUAGAAAUCAAACAUUGCCUGUCUCUUCAGCAACUGUUCCAAAGCAGGUCCGCAUUAAGGCUUCCCAGUCAGUUGGAGACAUUCUCAGCACUGUCUACCAGCCAGCAGAGUCACGAGGAAGACACCUCUCGGUCGGCUCCCAGAACACAGGUCGAAGCUCCCCACCCCCGGGAUAUGUUCCAGAGAGACAGCAAAGGAUAGCACGACAGGGAUCUUACACCAGUAUUCACAGUGAGGGGGAGUUCAUCCCUGAGAGUAUGGAACAAUGUAUAUAUGAACCGCAGAGCAGUGUUGACAAUUCCAUAUCUGGCAGCUGUCAAUCCCUGGAUAGGAGAGCAGAGAGCCCAUCAUAUCGGAAAUCUCGUAUGUCUAGAGCACAGAGUUAUCCUGACAACAGGCAGGUUUACUCAGAUCGUGAGAACCAUAUUUAUGAUAAGGCUGGAAAAGGAGGGACGUAUCCUCGCCAGUAUCAUGUUUCCCUUCAUCAGAAGGAUUAUGGCGAUGGUCGAAGAACCUUUCCAAGAAUACGACGACAACAGGGAAACCUGUUCACACUUGUUCCAUCCAGUCGGUCACUAAGUGUGAAUGGGGAGAACAUGGGUCUGGCUGUGCAGUGGGACAGCAGGAGCAGGAUCCGCAGUGGAGACAGUGAGAACACACUCGUGGUGCAAGAAAGGAAUGUUCCCAUGAAAUCCCCAAGUGCCCCCACCAACUGGAGGAGAGGCAAGCUGCUGGGACAAGGAGCUUUUGGCCGUGUCUACCUCUGUUAUGAUGUCGAUACAGGGAGAGAACUUGCAGCCAAGCAAGUCCAGUUUGAUCCGGACAGUCCAGAGACGAGCAAAGAGGUCAGCGCUUUGGAAUGUGAGAUCCAAUUACUGAAGAACCUCCGCCACCAGCGGAUCGUGCAAUACUACGGUUCUCUGCGGGAAAAAGCGGAGAGAACUCUUUCAAUUUUUAUGGAGUAUAUGCCUGGGGGUUCAGUGAAAGACCAGUUGAAAGCAUAUGGAGCACUGACUGAGAACGUGACUCGGAAAUAUACUCGACAGAUUUUGGAGGGCGUUUGCUACCUUCACAGUAACAUGAUCGUGCAUCGGGAUAUAAAGGGAGCCAAUAUAUUGCGUGACUCAGUAGGGAAUGUGAAACUAGGUGACUUUGGGGCAAGCAAACGUUUGCAAACAAUAUGCAUGUCAGGAACAGGAAUCCGAUCAGUCACUGGGACACCUUACUGGAUGAGCCCGGAGGUAAUCAGUGGCGAAGGUUAUGGGAGGAAGGCAGAUGUUUGGAGUCUGGGCUGCACGGUGGUGGAGAUGCUGACUGAGAAGCCACCCUGGGCUGAGUUUGAAGCUAUGGCUGCGAUUUUUAAAAUUGCCACUCAACCUACAAAUCCCCAGCUGCCAUCUCACAUUUCAGAUCACUGCAGGGACUUUCUUAAGCAAAUAUUUGUGGAAGCGAAGCAAAGACCACCAGCAGAGGAGCUGCUCAGACACCAGUUUGUUCAGAUUACUCACUGAUGGAGGAAGUGUCUAGCUAUGCUAGUAGCUUAACGAGGAUGCUGGUGAAUACAUCACUGCAAAGCUGAGAAUCUCCAAGGCUGAGAUCCACACAGUACACGACUGCCUCCAUGAAGGAUCAGACAGGCAGGAAAAAACAUCUGCCAAAGAGUUAAGUGAGACGGGGUCAGCCACCAUUGGCAGCUGCUGAAGAGAUACCCCCCUCCCUCCCGCCCUUAAGCUCUCACGCCCAAUUGUGGAGACUUCCUUAUUGUGUUAUCUGACAAUAGAGAUAUACAGAACUUGAAAAACUAUCAAGUCUCUAAUAUUCGAAGCAGAUUAAGCCAGUAAAGAUACAGACUGGGUUUAUUAAUGCUCCGAAUGUGUAUUGGUCUGUUUAGAAGUUUAGUGGCUACCUUUCACUUUGUAAAUCUACUCCUAGUGUCAUUAUCAUCAAAUGGAUAAGUGAGGCAGCAUCAUCUACUCAGUGUACAAAUUCUACGGCAUCAAGCCCAGCUAAGGUCAAGUUUUUCGUUGCAAGGAAGAGUUGAUAUUAAUCAGGCUCUAUUGUACCAACAUAUUUAGAUUUGUAACAUCACAAUAGUAAUGUAGUUUUUACUUUUUUCCAGCUUAAUUGAAAAGUUUCAGAAUCUAUAACUGACUUCAUUUGGAUAGAAUCUAAAAACUUAAUAUUCUGCAGAACACUGGCUACCCCCGACUGACUAAUGUUGGUUUCAUUGUGUAACAUUAUUACAAAAGAAAAGUGAAAAAACAUUCAUAAUCCUUCAAGCAUUGAUAGUUUAAAGAUCUUAAAAUAAUUGUACCAUUAAUUUGCCCAUCAUUAGAUUGACUGCCAGCCCUGAACUAAAGACAAUAUGUGCCAACUGGCUGUGACGAUGCACUUUCUUGAAUGUAUUUUGUACUGAACUUAUUUUUUAGCUUUCUCUUGGCGAUGGAAUGUAUGCCUCUUUAUUUUUUUUAUUUAUGCAAGAGAGAUGCUGUUUGAUGUUUAUAUGUUGACUAAAGACUGUUAAGCCUACUACAUAGAGUGCCUUUUAACAAAAAGCAGCUGGUUUUGCGAUACUCGGUGAAAGACUUUGGGGUCAGUUCUGUGCUCUGAAAUGCACAUUCAACGGUGGAUAUAUUCAACUAUUUGUCGUCACAUGAAAGGGUCAAAUUGUAGCAUGAACAAAUUUUCUGAAGGAAUUACAGUAGAUUUAUGUUUGAUCCACUGGAUUAAUUACAGUAGAUUUAAAUUUCCAUCAUGCAGCUGGCAUUGCAAACAUCUCCUGGGAUAAAGGGACUCAUCUCAUAUUUUAUCAGACUGAGAUGGCUUCUUUGAAUUUAAUUAGAAUUAUAGAAAAAUGGUUAUCCUUGGUUUUGUGAAACAUAGUUAAAUCUGUGUUGUAAAGAAAAUCAUAGAAAUAUUCACAUUUUAAGCCUUGAAAAUGAAAUAUAGAGUCACCAUUCGUGGCAUUUGCUAAGCACAAAGCUGGGCAGCAUAGAGUGUCUCGAUAAGAUCUUAAACCAGGUAGAAAUGCAGUGGGAACUGUUGGACCCCAAAAGUGAUUGAGGCUUGCAGUGCAGAGCCACUCCCAAUUGCUUGUGUUUUUAAAGUAAGGACGCAUCAUGUUUCUAUUUUUUAAAAUAAGGGAAAAAGGAUUUAAAGAAUUCUUGAAAAAAUGCUUUUUCAUUGUCCUUGAAUGCUUGGUUUCUUUGACAUAUAACACAACUUCAGUUGGUUUUCUUCUAUCCUAAAGAUUCAAUUUGCUUUCAGUGCAACUAAAUAUUUGUUCCAUAGUGGAAAUCUUCUGUCUGGGUGCAGUCAUAAAACUCUCUUCAGUAAGCUUUUAGAAACUGCCUCUGAGAAUCUAGUAAAUGUUCUUUUGUGAAAUGGUUAAAACAUUGCCUUGCAGAUUUUAAACCCGAAACAAUUAGAUGAGACUUUAACAGCUUGGAAUCAGAACCCGCUAAAAUCCUUCAUUGAAUCUUUGCAGACAGAGCAGGUUUGUUGGCCAGCCUUGCUGAGAUUGGUCAUGUUACCUGCUUCCAAGAAGAAUUGUAUUCUUUAUCUCCAAUGGAUAACAUGUAACCUGUGCAUCCUGGGUGUAAAGAAUAGAACAUUUCUCGAACAGUAAUUGUCCGCACUUCUGGCAAUGUUACUAGAGCACUAGAUGGGAAAUGCUCAGGAUGAUUCAUUCUUUGAUCCUUCUUGAUCUUCCAAUUAAGCACAGAUCCAUUGGCCCUUUUGUCAUGACCCAGCUAAGAGUAAGACUUGUGGGUGAGAGACCACAACUGAUCUAUUGGCCAAUAAUUGAUCAGUCUCUAAAUUAUCAUUACAGCACAGGAUUUUGUAAUGAAUCAGUACAAUAAUGUGUUUGAAACAUUGUUAUCCAUCAUUUAGACUAGAAUCAUCAAUGUAAUCAUCUGUUUCAUGGAGACAGGUUAUAUUCCAGUAGUGAGAUCAAGUUAAAAAUGGAUAGCAUAGUGUACAAGAUUCAUGAGUGUACAGAAACCAAAGAAAAGGCAUUGAGAUAAUUUCUUUGGCCUGAAGCUAACAUACCCCAUGAUUGAUUUUCUUGGAAAUGUGUGAGACAUGCUGCACAACCACAUAUGGUACCAGAGGAUGUUCAAUUGGUGACACAAUUGGUGCACAACUUGUGGGGCCAUGUCAGGUUUGUGUCCUUGGAGAAGAAUCAUUAUCAUUUCAUCCCUCAAUGUGAUGUUGCUCUGAGCUAUCUGAUGUAUGGGCUAUGACUUCAGUAGUGAAUGGCCCUGAGAGCUGAGCCAGAACUACAGGACUGUGAUCUAAGCCCCUUGUUACUAGCCUACGUGAUCUUCAGUUUAGUAUUGAUUAAAUUUGAUGUAGCGACUUUCACAUCAGGAGAUAUUUCAAAGCGCUUUCCAGGAUAUAGUGUAAAUGUAAUCACCGAGUAUUUGAAGGCAAUCGCAGCUGCCCAUUUGCGCACAGCAAUUCCCGCAAAUGGUGAUGAAGUGAAUA